AUGGACACAUCCUUCCACCACUUCGACUUUGGCUCUGACGGCGGGAGCUCUCCAGUCAGCUCUGUGCCCUCUCGAUCGCCGUCGCCGCCGACAGAGUUCUGUUAUUCUGCACGAUCCUAUCCGUCGCCGUCUGCAUCGCAGCAGUCUUCCGCAGAGGCGUCGCCAGCUCCUGACCCGAUGACCACAGCCGCCCCGUCUGGCGACGAUGACGGGCCUCCACCAGCCAAGCGGAGGAAGAUCUCGGAACCGAAGCCACGCACGACCGAGCGCCUCGACUUGCGAUACGGAGAGGUCAGCGAUGCCGAAAAGCCGCAGCUCGAGCGUCUGCUCAAGGUGCUGCACAAGAAGCGCAAGAUUGUUGUGAUUGCGGGCGCAGGAAUCUCUGUAUCCGCCGGCAUCCCCGAUUUCCGAUCUUCCACUGGUCUGUUUAAGUCGCUCCGGAAGAGCCAGAAUUUGAGAUCGUCUGGCAAGGAUCUGUUCGACGCUUCGGUAUACCAGGAUGACCAGUCCACCACCUCAUUCCACGAGAUGGUACGAGAACUUUCCCAGGCGACAAAGCAAGCACAGCCGACCGCCUUUCACCAUCUCCUGGCGACAUUGGCGCACGAGGGGCGACUUCUCCGGUUAUACUCUCAGAAUGUCGAUGGCAUUGAUACUUCGCUUGAGCCGCUAAAAACAGAGGUACCCCUGCCAAAGAAGGCGCCAUGGCCCAAGACAGUGCAGCUCCACGGUGGCCUCGACAAGAUGGUCUGCUCAAAAUGUCAUAAGCUAUCCGAUUUUGAAGCUGGUCUCUUCGAUGGUCCGAUUCCACCUUCCUGUGCCGAGUGCGUCACGAACGAUGAGGUGCGCGCCGCUGUCAAUAAGCGCAGCCACGGCAUUGGCAGACUCCGCCCUCGCAUGGUACUGUACAACGAGCACAAUCCCGAUGACGAGGCGAUUGGAUCCGUUACGCGCAUGGACUUGAGGACACGACCAGACGCUAUCAUUGUUGCUGGAACAACGCUGAAGGUUCCUGGCGUGCGCCGAAUUACGAGAGAGAUGUGUGGAGUAGUCCGGGACCGGAGAGACGGAAUGACGGUAUGGAUCAACAACGACCCGGAACCCAUCGGCAAAGAUCUAGAGAAUUGUUGGGAUUUGAUCGUGAGAGGCCCUUGCGAUGAAGUCGCCCGGUAUGCUGGCAUGCCCAGAUGGGAUGACCACUCGGAGGCGGAGUUCAAGGUAGUCACCGAUGAAGAACUGCGCAAAGCCAAGGAGAACACCGCAGAAGUCGUUGUUGUCUCGCCCAUGAAGCCUAAGGCCUUUGAACAAGUACAGGGACAAUUGGUAACACCUGUCGCUAGUCCCCGAAUGGCCCCACGAACUUCGAUCGAACCUCCUCCAUCAAUCCAGGGUUCGUCGACACCCACGAAGAGGAAGAUCAUUCCGACGAGCAAAGCGGCAGCCUUGAUGAACGCGUCCGAAGCAGCAGAUUCGAAGCCAGUACUCAAACCAGCACCAAAAAAGCGCCUCUCGAUACCGAAGACUUCGAUUCCUCCCAAGACUGUGACGAAGGCUACGAAGCCGACGAAGAAGACUGGGCCGAAGCCGAGGACGAACAAGAUCACCGGCGCCUUCGGAGUAUCGAAAUCCACUACCUCGAAGACAACCGCCAAGCAGACUAUGAAACUCAACAUGAGCCUGCGGCAGGAAGAGACCAUCAAUGUCAGUCCGAAGAAGAUAGUGGCCGUCGAAGUUCCCAUUCCAAUGGCUCCGAUUUCUCCACAAGCAGCCAGGAACAACGCCUCACCUCUGCAUAAUCCCCCAACACCGACUCGAUCUCCAGAAAUGAAGCUCCUCCUCCCAGUCGCAACAGUUUCUACACCAGAACAUAGCACUACCGUAAAGGACACGAGGAUCACCAUUUCCCCGACAGGCACUUUACCUCGCGAUCUAGCGAGGUUUGUCGACUGA